CAACACGUCGCGGACGACAUAAUAGCGGUACUUUGCGGUCUAGAUUCGUCGGUCACACGUCGUCAAUAUCCCGGGGAGACCUUUCUUGGGUCACAAAGGCACAAAAACAAACAGCAGCAGCAGCAGGACACGGGCCAAAAGAAGGAAGUUCCCACAUACAAACACACACGGUGGAAUCAGUGCAAGACUUGGACACAUACGCCCAGCUUGUUGCUGGCUAUGUGGGCGUGGCAACUAAAAAAAAAAAUAAGAAAAUAAGGAAACAAGAAAAGCCCACACACAAACGUACAAACUCGCAUGUGUCGUCGACGUCGUUGUAGUCCUGCCAGUGUGUCGCGGAAAUUUUUGUGCGGAAAUUAUAGAAAUUUCGCUUUUUGAUUUCAUUUUCGUUCCGCUUUCGUUGCUCCCCCCAAUUCCCUCUUCCUGAUGCACCUGUGCGAAAUGCCCAAGGAACUGGUGCCAGUGCCAGAAACAGAAACACAACCAGAGCACAAGUCCCAGACUGUCGCUACCGUCGGUGUCCAGUUGGCGGUGUCCUUGCACUGACAAAUUUCCUUGCAUAUCCGCUUCAGAACUACGGAACUACAGAACUGCAGAGCUGCACAUACACCCGAGGGAACCCCUAUUUGCGUGGCGCGUCGCUGUCGCGUUCACUUGUCGCAUAUCCGUCGCCAUUUUGACAAUAAUUUCAUUUCCGGCCUGCAAUUUGUACGCACUUGAGUGGAGUGAUUAACGAUCUUAAAAAACCUUAGUGAAGUGUCAACGAUCGCAAGUGGUGUCCAUCGGAAGUCUACAAAGAUUAGGUCAGGGAACAGCCGGAAGAAGGAGUCUUAUUUUUGGAUUAACUUAAUCACAAAAACAGGCACAAUCCUGAGAGUCAAGUGGAAUCCCUUGUUCAGCCAACAGCCAGCCAUCGAGGCUCCCCAGGCGUGCGCCAUGUACGAGAACUCCUGUUCGUAUCAAACGGCGCUGGACCUGAAGCGAGUCUCGCCGCCCACUCUUGCCCAGGUGAAGACGGAGGACUGCCUGACCCUUGGCCAGUGUUCGCCGGACUGGACCUCGUACCGCUUCCAUCAGUCCACCUUUGAGCAGCUGAAGCAAAGCGUGGAGAAGGCCAAGGCGGCACUGCAGGAUCGCAGCAGUUUCUUUGGGGCCACCAGCGCCUUUAGUGACAUCUACUCCAGCCAGCGCUUGACAGACACCCUUGACACCCUGCCCGUUCAAACAGGGAAUGGGGCCGGCAACUGUCUUGGGCUCCCGCACAAUCCCAACGUUGGGGUUGGUGUUGGGGUGGGCGUGGCCGGUGUGCUUAACUACAAUGCGGUUAGCAGCAGCACGGCCGGUGUCUUGGGCAGCAGCAGCAGUAGCAGCGGCGUCGGCGGCCUUGGCAGCGGGAGCGGCGUCCAGAGACACCGCCUGGACACUCUGCAUCCUGCAACAGCCGGCUGUUCACCCGCCGGCACUCAGCACGGAGUUAUCACGUCCAGCGCCGGGCAAGUGGCAUCCGGCAGCCUGGAUGCAGUAAGUGCAGCUCCAGCGCUGACAUCGCUGGCAGCAUCUAGCACUUCUCAUGUGGAGCACAAAGUUCGGGCAGAUAAAUCCUCGCUGGACUGCGCCACCACAUCCUCGCAUGCCGCGGUCCCCUCCUCCUCGUCCUCGGCCAGCGACCAUCAGCAGGGCAGGAUCAGUGGCAGCAAGAGUAGCAGCAGCAGCAAUGCAACUGCAGCAGGAGGAGCCUCAUCGGGGGCAGGAUCUGGAGCAGGCGGCGGCGGCGGCUCAGCACUGUAUUCCUCGUACAAAUCGUCGUGGGGCUCCCACAGUUCGACACAAUCGCAAGGUUACAGCUCGAACGCCUUGAGCAUCAAACAUGAUCCGCACUCACAACUACGGCAACCUGAUCCAUAUCAAAUGUUCGGACCCACCAGCAGCAGACUGGCCAGCUCAGGCUCUGGCCAGAUCCAGCUGUGGCAGUUCCUGCUCGAACUCCUCUCGGACUCCAACAAUGCCAGCUGCAUCACCUGGGAGGGCACCAAUGGCGAAUUCAAGCUCACCGAUCCCGAUGAGGUGGCCCGACGCUGGGGCGAGCGCAAGUCCAAGCCGAAUAUGAAUUAUGAUAAGCUGAGCCGGGCUUUGAGGUACUACUACGACAAGAACAUAAUGACCAAGGUGCACGGCAAGCGGUAUGCGUACAAAUUCGAUUUCCAAGGCCUGGCAGCUGCCACACAGCCGGCGGCCAGCGAUCCCACCUACAAGUACCAGAGCGACUUGUUCAUGACACCAUAUCACCACAGCGCCAAGCUCAGCUCGUUUAUGAGUCCGCAUCAUGGCAUGACCUCAUCGUCCGCCUCGAUCUUCCCGUCGGCCGCCUCUUGGGGCAACUGGGGCAGCCCCGCCACAAAUCUCUACCAACCCCACUCAAUGAGCCAUGUGACGCCCUCGCAUGUGGCCCCCCACCUGAGCAGCUAUCCCCACUACGCAUGAC